AUGGGCGCCCGCCGCCUUCCCCCAACGGGCCUAGCGUGGGCGGCAGUAAAUCGAGAGGGCAUCAGUGCCGCGUCAACCUCCGUCGCAUUAAUACUCCUCGCUCUCUCGCUCUGCGCAUCGCAUGGAUCAUGGGGUGUUGGGCGACGGCUUUCGACCUGGUUUCUGUCUGAUCCUCCCAUUAUGGCUGUUGCUGCCACCAUAGGCACGCUGACGGAUGAGCUGGUUGCGACCGUUGCGAAACUUGAUACCAAGGAUACGCCGCGAUUCAGAAAUUUGAAGCGACGCGCUGAAGAGACGUUCAAAUCCAACCAUGCGCGCACGAAUCAGUUUGCCGUUGCGAGUCAGCUCGAUGGCCUGCAAGAGAAGUUCCAGGUUAUCAAUAAAGAUGACCUGGCAGAUGCUCUGCGGUUACGCCUGACCGAGCUGAAUGAACACCGAAGCUCUUGGUCUCCAGAGUUUUUAUCUCUGUUACUGCAGCUUGCAGACCGUCCGGCGCAGCUGUCGAGUCUAGAUCGCAUUGAGCAGCCGAUGCUGGAACAGGACAAGUCGAUUUCCUGGAAUGACUUGGACGCCGCUGGAUCAGCAUUCUGUGACGAAGACAUCUGGGAAACCGUUGAUUUUGGUGCAGAAUCUUCCGAUGACGAUCUACCGUCUGUGUCUAGCGCGGGUCACCCUUCGCGGAAUCUACCCUCUACUUCUAUAGCCCCGGACGAGGACUAUGUCAUCCCAGACGAUAUCUUCUCCCCAUUAGAUGACGAGGAUUUGAUCUUAUCAAUAAAAAGCGCACAAUUCUGGAGAGAUGAAAAUAAUCACAAUGUUGAGAAACACCAAAAAUACUCGUCUCGUGUCAUAACCGAGCUCCAGGUUUUAAGAGAGGCCAUCUUCAUGCUUCAAGGACUCCCGACGUCGAUAUUCUGGCGGCUUGAUGACAGUAUCGAGGUGGAUCGAAGGUACAAGCUGGCACAAGUGUCCGAUGAAACGUUUUUACCAUUAUUACGAAACUUGUGUUCCAUUGGGGCUCGAGUAGACAUUCUCAGGCGAUUCAUCAGGCUUCCGCAGACUAUUGCGCACUUGCAGACAUUUCGUCGAGCCAUUGAGGAUUGUCUACAUGAUUUUGACGGGUAUUUGUCGACUGUGCAAUCCCAAUAUCUUUCGCAAAGUGCAAGCGUUGCUGUUAGCCUUCUGCAGUUAUCCGAAAACGUCCAUAGAGAGUCAAGGCUGCUGCUACUUUUGGCGGAUAUUGUUUCCAAACUCAAGCACAGCGGAUCGGAAAAUCCCGUUAGGUGCUUGGAUCUACUAUACGACCUGGUUUGCAUGGCACAGGCCACAGGCUAUGAUGAAUUUAGGUAUCUGGCUAAAAUGUUUUUCUCGUGCUUCGAGACGUAUGCACGACCGAUGAACCUUUGGAUGGAGACAGGAGAGUUGAAGGACUCAAUUGGUGGAACGCUUUUCAUUCUUGACAAUCGCAACGAUAGCGAUCUCCGGACACUUUGGCACGACUGGUACACUCUGGAUGAGGCGUCACGGCUUUUAAGUGCCCCUAAGUUUAUUCAACCACUUGCCCGCAAGAUCUUCAUUACAGGAAAGAGUACGGUGUUUCUACAACAUUUGAAUGUGUCGCACGAUCAGGAGCACCAACGCGAGGGUCCGUUGACAUUUGACGACGUCUUUCCGGAAGACGCGUCCUCGCUUUAUCUGCCGUUUUCUGCCAUGAUUGAGUCUGCCUUUGGAAAACUGGUUAAUAGGCAACAUACUCUUAAAUCGAGUUGGCUGCGACAGGAGCUUGAUCAACAGUGCGGCCUGUGGGCCUCACUCGAGGCCCUGGAGCAUAUCUAUCUCUGCAAAGACAUGAGCGUCGUGGGGCCCGUGGACAACAAGAUCUUCGAGCUUAUCGACCGCGGCAAAGGUGCUUGGAAUGACAGAUACUUGCUCACUGAUAUAGCACAGAGUGCAUUCAGCGCGUUACCUGAGAUUGACCCGUCCAGGCUGAUCGUUCGAUCCAACAAAAAUAUCAACGACAAGCUCGGUCGCCAUCGUUCCGUGAAGAUCCUCGAAACCAUCUCGUUCGAUUACAUCUUGCCCUGGCCCGUUGCAAACAUCAUCACAAAGGAUGCCAUUCUGGGGUACCGGCGCCUCUCCACAUUUCUAAUGCAGAUCCGCAGGGCAAUGUACAUGAUCCAAAAACAGCGCCUACAGUAUUCCAGCGGACCAGAUAAAAUUUCUGGCAGCAGCACCAACCCCGUGGACUAUGUUUUGCGGCAUAAUAUGCUGUGGUUUUUGAAUACUCUGUAUGGCCAUAUGACGGGAUUUGUUGUUUCCACGGCUGUCGCGUCACUGCGCAAGGCUCUAGACAAAGCCACCGACGUGGAUGCCAUGAUCGCUGCCCAUCGCGCACAUAUGGUCUCUUUAGAAGACCAGUGCCUUCUGUCCAAGAACUUGCAUGCUCUCCAUCAAGCCAUCCUUACGCUGCUUGACCUGUGUGUAAGCUUUGCGGAUCUCCAAGCUACCAAGCAAGGCGCAUCACAAGCCACAUCACAAGCCGAGUGGACCAAACCGUCGCGCCAUGACGAUGACGAUGACGAGGAUAGCGAUGCUUCUGAUGCGGACGAGGACGCGAUGGCCACGUCCUUCCACGAACAACACUAUAAUGAACGGCUACAUGAUAUCAAGAAUCAAUUUGACCGGCUCGUCAGCUUCAUGACGGCCGGAUUGAAGGGCGUUGGACGAGUAGAUGGUCAGCUUAGCUGGGAGAUCCUAGCAGAGAAGCUCGAAUGGAGAAAGGCACGUUCGGGGUUGAACGGGGCUUGA